GAUAGAUAGACUGCUGAGCUGAGACAGAGAUCACGUGGUGCCUUUGGGCCGUUAUCCCCGGCUGGUUGCUAGGUAGGCUAGUUAGCUCGCUGACCAAAUGAUGUGGCCGCCAGGACGGAGCGCUUUGCGACCUGCCAGCGUUAACAUAACGGCGGCUUCGGGGAGAUGACGAGACGAUGUCAGACACUGUAAAAACGUCCCCGCUCAAGGACGACUGGAAAACGGUGCAAACAUCAGCCCAGAGUGGAGCUGAGGACAUGAGACCCCAGAGCAAACAUGGAGGCAUGCAGGUGGUGCAUUCCAUGGCAACACUUGUUGGUACUUCAGCUGCUCCCAGCGGUGCUGAUGCCACGCCCAGCUGCUCCCUGUGCUUCUGUGGUCUGCCUGACAUGUGUCUGUUCCUCUCUCCCCUGAGGUGUCCUGCCAGGCAACGCUGCUUACGCCUAUCGCAGCUCCGACGCCCAGUAACCGUCUGCGUAAUUGGCACAGCCGGAGCUCCUGCCUGUUUGCUGCUUGGCUUUUCCGUUUUGUGUUUUUCCACCUGCUGACACACCGUUUGUUCUCGUGUUUCAGCCCCGGUCAUGGCAGCAGGUGUCAGCAUACUGAGCGACCUGCCCCACUCCGUCAGGGCUCCCCAUACAGAGGAGGUCGGUGCAGAGAUGGAGGCAGCCAAUGCAAGAGUCCCCACAGCGAAGUACACCAAGAUGGGGGAAACACUGAGACACGUCAUCCCUGGUCACGUGCAGUGCUCCAUGGCCUGUGGAGGGAAAGCUUGUAAAUACGAGAACCCGUCUCGCUGGAGCGAUGAGGAGCAAGCUAUUAAAGGACUCUACUCAUCUUGGAUCACUGACAACUUGCUAGCUAUGGCAAGGCCUUCCUCUGAAGCCAUAGAGAAAUAUAAUAUAAUCCAGCAGUUUCAAAGGUGUGGUGUGAAGACCGUUAUUAACCUGCAGAGACCCGGAGAGCACGCCAGCUGCGGCUUCCCGCUGGAACCGGAGAGCGGCUUCACCUAUCGGCCCGAAACUUUCAUGGAGGCAGGAAUAUAUUAUUACAACUUUGGAUGGAAAGACUACGGUGUAGCAUCAUUGACAACAGUGCUUGAUAUGGUGAAAGUCAUGUCGUUCGCUGUUCAAGAAGGAAAAAUAGCCAUCCACUGCCAUGCUGGUCUCGGAAGAACAGGUGUGUUAUUGGCAUGUUAUUUGGUUUUCACCACCCGGAUGAACGGUGAUCAAGCCAUCCUGUUUGUUCGAGCCAAAAGGCCCAACUCCAUCCAGACCAGAGGCCAGCUGCUGUGUGUCAGGGAGUUUGCCCAGUUCCUGGUUCCUCUGCGAAGUGUGUUCUCAUGCACUGAACCCAAAGCAAGUGCCGUCACCUUGUCCCAGUACCUUACCCGGCAGCGUCACCUACUGCAUGGCUACGAGGCCCGGGAGAUGAAGAACGUGCCAAAGAUUGUUCAGCUGGUGUGCAGGCUGCUGGUGGACAUUUCGGCCAACAGACAGGUGGUGAUCGAAGAGGAGUGGCUGCAGAUCCCCGACCUCACCGCUGAGGUGGAGAAGACCGUGUCCCAGCAGGCCCUUCAGCAGCUGGGGAAGGAAAUGAUGGGGAAAGGGAUUCCGCUCCUGCCUUGUUCGUCAGACAUGCUCAGCCCUCCACCACAGCCGAGCAGAACCUCAGGUGAUCAACCACUCGCCAGUGACAAUGAGUUGGACCCACUGUGGCGACAACAGAACCUAGGAAGUCCUCAAAGAUUUCUGUCUAACAACCGGAGUCUCAGCGACUCUUUGCUCCACAAGCAUGGACUGUACCAGGAGCGCGUAGAAAACCUUAGUAAACCAAUCAGCUGCCGGACGAGACUUUGCUCGUCUCACGGCAACCUAAAGACCUGCAACCAGUCCGGCUGCUGUUACCCCUGUACGCAAGACACAAACUCUCACACAAGAGCCAAACAAGACCUGGGCAUGUGUGUUUUACAUAACAGGCAUCGCAGUUUAAGCUCUCAUUUGUCAGAGCUUGGAAAGAAAUCCUGCUUUGAUGCCACGCUGCCACCUUUUCCACUCCAGAGCAGCUUAGUUUCCAGUGUGGAGUGUGUGGAUGGAGGAGCUGACCCAGGCGAUGCCCCAGAAGCCCCUCACAUCAGCCUCCAGUCUGAACUCUCCCAUGAUAACAGACGUCUGAUGGUGGCCAAAGCUCUGGCCACAGACUUGGUCGACAAGGAGGUCUCCUCCAACGUUUUAAUGUGGCAGACAGAGCUGAACUCCAGAGAGGGAACUUGGGAGAGGCUGUGUAAUGAAAGAGACCCGGUGGUCCUCUCCAGCCUGAUGUGGUCAUGGCUGGAGCAACUCAAGGAUCCAGUCAUCAGCCAUGACGACGUGCUAUCCCUCAGUGAGAAGAAUGUAAACCCACUGACUGCCAUCAACUCUCUGGAAAAGGGUCACAGGCUCACGUUGCUGUGCAUCCUCGAGUGUGCUGCUCAUCUCCUGCCUGUGCCUGAAGACGUGCUGACGUGUUUCCUCAACAAGACAAUCAAAGUGUUCACCAGGACUGAUCCAGCCUCAGAAGAGAAUGAGUCACUGUACAAAACACUGAAAGCAAUCCUGACUCCCCUUCUUUACGAGCUGCAUUCCAAAGCUGUGGAUGUGACCAAAGACUCCUGAUCAGCUUCAGCUUCGUUUCUCCAGACAGGGUUCCAUGCUCGUGUCAUUAGCCAGCGCCUUGCACCAUGUACUUUGGACUUUACCGGCCUGUAAAGUUUGAAGCGUUUUCACUGAGGAGUGUAUCGAUAUGUAGAUGGUAACUACUGCCAUUGUUGACGCUAACGUGCCACUGUGCUCAGCUUGAAACAUUUGUCUGCGACUUCUUUUACGCCGUUUAUGACAGACUACGUUCUUGUAGUGUCUGACUUUUAUCUGCCUGUAAGAAGACUAAGAAGAACGUUUCUUUUUUCUCCUAACAAAUUCAAAUUCAAGAAUACUUUAUUGAUCCUAAAGGGAAAUUAAAUUAAUAAGUACUGAUAUUUAAGUGUAAGACAAAUCCAAAGAUGUUUUACGAUAUACAGAUGGUGUACUAUCACUUAUUUAUUCCGAUUUUUUAAUUUUUAUUUUAAACAGCUGAACUAGAGUUCAGCUAAAGCUUAGCGAGUAAUAGGAUUACUUUACUUGAUAUAGAGUAUCAAGCCAGAUAAGAAACUUUGACUAUGUGUUGGCAAUUCAUGUUCAACUGACCACUGUGCUUUUUGUUAAUCUGUGCAACUUGAUGUCCUUAAUGUUAUUUACAACAUAAAACCUCUCAUUGUGAUGUUCUGCUGAUGCAGAACUACCUCCUUCGGCUGGAUCCUUUACCAUGGUUUGUGCGUGCGUGUGUGUGUGUGUGUGUUUGAGAGUGGGCAAGCUGCGAUAAGUCUGAAUACUGCCUCUCACCUUAUGUGUCUCACGUGUGGAUGUAUUGUUGCUUUGACCUGCUAACAUGCUGAACGUGGAGCGCUGAUGGAAGGCCUGACACGUUUCACUGUGGGGUUUGUUUUCGGUGUCCAAUAAUUUUGGUAUACUAUCUAAAGUUGCUUCAUGCAGAAAUAAAUGCCUGAGU